AUGCGGAUCAAUCGAUGGCGCCGGAGCAACCACCUGCCCAAUGCGAUCCGAACUCCCGAUCGCCUGGGCGACUACUUAGUGGCCUUGCGCAAUGAUUUCGUGACGGCAAACAGCUCUUGUCGUCGCGGUCUGAAUCUAUCCGGCGAACUCAGCGCCUAUGAGAAGGAGACGCGAGUGCUGCUCAAGCUGGCGUCGACUGGACGCGUCGUGGACAUUCUUCUGCGCUUCGGUCGCGUGGUGGAGUCAUAUAUGGAAGUAUUGAGCAUUGAGAUGACGGAGGAGAUCCGACAGUGGAGGGGGCAGCUGGACCUCGAGCGUCGAGAGCGUGUGGAGCUCUUUCGAGACAUCCUCAACGAUGAACAGCGAUUAAUUGAAGCCAUGGGCGACGAGACGCAGCAGAUGGAGCUUUUAACGCUGCUAAAAUAUGGCUUGACCCACUACGAAAAGUUCCUAAUACCCGAGGAGCUCGACGUCAUCUCGGACGUCUAUGAUCGGGUCGUGAGUUAUUCUGAUUUUAUGCUAGUCGGGGAUCCGCCAAGCUGGUUUUUGUCACCAAGUGACCUGGUGUGUGACCAGGGGGGCAUCUACUACUUGGACGCUGUCCGAGUCAGCAAGUGUGAGACAGGAGAUAUCCUAAGAGACCGUGGAGGGGACCAUCAAAGCUGGGAAGACGAGGAAGAGGCGUGUCUGCGCCAGGCUACGGUGUGGGCAGAUCUGAACCACCCUCAUGUGGCGAAGAUGCUGGGUGCGUGUCAUAUUGGUAAGGAGCCAUUCGUCGUGCACGAACCGGCGGAACCUCUUAUAUCGAAUCGAGCAAACGCACAGUCGUGGGAACCUCUGCUUGGCUGGGCACUUGGACUCCAGUAUCUACACGAACGUGAGCUUGGAUACAAAAACUUUGACGAUAACAGACUACUGGCUCGUCAUCAUGUUACUGCUAGUGGAGUUCUGAGUGGAUUGGGGCUCGUACCUGUUAAAAGGAGAGUGUCGGCCUCGUUACAGCGAGGCGUGUCGAAUAUGUUUAAUAUGCGGGAUUUGGCUGCAACGCUCCCACAGAACCACGAUGAUGCUCACGUGCAUGGGCUGCAUGUGCCUACGUGGAGUGUACCGAACGACAUUUUUGCCUUUGGAUUGGCCAUCUACAACACUCGUCGAUGGGUUUCCAUGUACAUUUCCAUGUUGCCGGACAUGAACUACGAAGCUGAAGGCUUUCGCAAGAUCGCGACAAUGGACAAGUUGGCAACGAGAGCAAAGGAAGUCGGUUGCACCUUUGACUUGGUGUGUUUUCAACGAGCACGUCUCAACGAUUAUCGUUGGUACCUUUACCUCAAAGAAACCUUCGGCUCCUUCAUCCACGUGGGCCAACUGAUAUUCGAGCCAAAAAUUGGCGAGAUCGCCGGCGUACGUCUGUCGAUUCCUGCGUCAGAGGCAAGAUUGCCUACAAUGCGAUUGCAGCUUUAG